CAGCAGCACCACCAGCAGCAGCACCACCAGCAGCUGCUGUCUGGGUGAGGUUUCUCUAAUACCAACUUCAACUUGGACUUCACAACAGCAUCGCUGGUGUCUGUGACAAACAAACUCCGAAAAGAUGCCGCAAAACGUGGUGCUGACAGGGUCUGCCCCGUGGGGCUUCAGACUGACUGGGGGGACAGAUUUUAACCAACCUUUGACCAUCUCAAGGAUAACACCUGGAAGCAAGGCAUCACUUGCAAAUCUUUCUCCUGGUGACGUUAUCUUGGCCAUUGACGGAGAGAAUACUGAGGUUAUGACACAUGUUGAUGCCCAGAAUAGAAUCAAAGCCUCCUCCAGUCAGUUAAGCCUUAAGAUUGACAGGCCUGAAACCAAGCUUUGGUCUCCUCAAGUCACUGAAGAUGGCAAGGCACAUCCAUUCAAGAUUAAUUUGGAGGCGGAACCACAGGAAUUCAAACCGCUUGGAAACUCCCAUAACAGAAAAGCCCAGCCGUUUUUUACUGCACAAAACAUUGAUGACAAAAGGCAGAUUGUGAGUUCCAGCUACAAUUCACCAAUUGGUCUCUAUUCUGCUGGCAAUAUACAAGAUGCCCUUCAUGGACAGAUGCGUGGCCUUAUCAUUGAUCCAAAGGAAAAUUCACCGUCACUUGUAGGUGGGAGAAGUGGGUGCAAUUCUCCCUCUGUGACUGGUAGCGUUGACCUCAGUGAAUUGAAAGCUGCAACAAAAUUUACCCUCAAUAGACCAAUCGAAAUGGAACUCCCAGGCAUCAAGAUUACACAUGCUCAGUUUAAUUCUCCCAUGCAGCUGUAUUCUGAGGACAACAUUGCUGAAGUGUUGGAAGAAAAGGUUACCAUGGCUGUUGGUGCACCUUUGCAAAUAAGCAUUGAGCCAGAACCACCAGCUCAGAACUCCGAUGUGUACAAGAUGCUACAUGAAAAUGAGGAGUCCAGUCAUGAGCCAAGACAAUCUGGGUCAUUCCGAGCAAUCCAGGAUCUCCUGCAGACAGAUGAAAGUGAUGAUCAAGGUCAACGCCCUACAGGCACUAGAAGCGUGAAGGCUCCUGUGGCAAAAGUCGGUGGUUCCCCAGCAAGUGUUCAAAAGCUGCCGCUGUGUGAUAAGUGUGGUAAUGGAAUAGUGGGAACAGUUGUCAAGGCCCGUGACAAGUAUCGUCACCCCGAAUGCUUUGUCUGCUCUGACUGUGAUAUGAACCUGAAGCAGAAGGGUUACUUUUUCGUAGAAGGGCAGCUGUAUUGUGAAAUCCACGCAAGAGCACGAACGAAACCACCAGAGGGAUACAAAGCUAUGCCGGUUUAUCCCAACAUGAAGGCUUAAAUUUUCCAGAAAGAUUGAAAAGAACGUAACUGAUGGGAUGCAGAUACACAUAAAUUUAUUUCACCAUAAAGAUCCUAUCUUGCCAUUAUCUUUCUGAAUCUUACACAAAUGCAGUAAACCCUUAAGUAUAAUUAUGCUCCCUCCCCAAGAUGCAUUCACAAAAUGCGGCUUGCUGAAUUAGCUAUGGCAGAUAGAUUUGCACGUUGCAAACUUGCUAACUAUCAAAAGUAUUGUACAGCUGACAAUUUGAUACAGCAAAUUAAACAAGAACGUGCAGUAGCCUCAUUACAGCACCAAUGGGGCUAAUUUACUGCCAAACCUUUGCAAAAAAUUACACAGCAAAUGCACAUGACAGGAACUGAGCACAUAUACUGAUUUCUUCUUAACAGGUAGAGGUUAUAAUUUAAAUGUACACAUUGGUAUUAAGUAAUUGUACAAAUACACACACACACAUCACAUAUUAAUGGCAUUGUAGCCAUUAGAAGUUACCAUCUGGUUACUUUGCUAUUUUGUUACUUUACGUUUCACUGGAUGAAUUUUAAAAUAGUCGCUAAAUAUAAUUAUACAAGCGCUGAAAAUUACAAUUCAAAUCCAACAAAUCUUGGAAUUUAAAACUCAUUUCAUUUAAAUCCUCUUAUAAAUGAAACUCUUUGGCAGCAACAAAACAGGAGAACUGGAGCUCCGAGGUUCAAGUGGUGAUGUUACAUAGAGCUCAGCGAGGUAACCAGAUGGUCUCACAGACUCUACCACUCAGCAAGCAGCUAAACUUGUCUGAUGCAAGAUAACACACAAAAUCACCCUAGUAAAAUGGCCUAUCUUUAUUCCAAUCCUUGUGGGCUUGCUACUGAAAUUAAAAAUGACCACACACUGUUGCUAUUUCUGACACUUCCAUUUGAUUUAAUUAUUCACUGUUUCAGCAUUUUAACACCACUAACUGUCACCAUUUGAUUGCAGUAUAGAAGUAUAUUCACUGUAGAGUUGGAGUUGAUAUGGAUGCAGCUAAAUACAGACACCGACUGUUGCCAUAUUUGUUUGACACUCCUGAAGUUUUGCUCUGUUUCUUACCAGGAUGUGCUUGAACAGUCUUAUAAAGGGUGACUAUCUUAUUGGGUAUCAUUGACGAUAAUGUGCAGUUGCUUUGGCAUCAUUGAAAUAAAAACAUUUGAUUCGAAUUAUAUGCCUUUCUUUUUAAAGAAUAUGCAAAAAAGUGGUGUAUUUUAAAUAUUUACACAUCUAUUAUGCCGCUAAAAUAAAUGGUGCAAUGUUUGA